AUGCAAGAGGUGGAGACCAACCUUCAGGAAGUGGUCUUCGAUCACUUGCAUUCGGUGGCCUAUAAGUACACGCCGUUGGGUAUGACUAUUCUGGGGCCCACCGAGAAUAUCAAGAAGAUUCAGCGCCAGGACCUCAUCGACUAUAUCAGUGGCCACUAUCGCGGGCCGCGGCUCGUGUUGGCCGGCGCUGGCGGUGUCGAUCACCAGCAGUUGGUCGCGCUCUGCGCUCAACACUUUGGCACUAUUAAUGGGUCGGUGGACGAGUCGGUGCUGAAGCCGUGUCCGUUCGUCGGCUGCGAUAUCAGAGUGAACGACCACUCGAUGCCGUUGGCGUACGCGGCCAUCGCUCUGGAGACUGUCGGUUGGGCCAAUGCCGACAACAUUAGCCUAAUGGUGGCCAACACUCUCAUCGGCUCGUGGGACCGGUCACAGGGCUCGGGCUCUAACUGUUCGUCAUAUAUGGCGCUGUCGGCCGCGCAGCGCAACCUUUGCCACAGUUUUCAGGCGUUCAACACUUGCUAUAAAGACACCGGUCUUUGGGGCGUGUAUUUCGUGGCGGAGAAGCAAUCGCUGGAGGAGUUUGUCUGGCAUUUGGGUCACCAGUGGUCCCAAUUGUGUAACGAAGUGACCGAUGAGCAGGUGUCUCGAGCCAAGGAUCUGCUGAAGACCAAUAUGUUGCUACAGUUGGACGGCUCGACGCCCGUCUGCGAAGACAUCGGCCGUCAAAUGCUGUGUUACGGCCGACGCAUACCAUUGCCCGAAAUGGAGGCCCGAAUAGACGCCGUGAACGCCGAUAUCGUGCGCAACGUUUGCCGCAAGUAUAUCGUCGGCAAGAGUCCAGUGAUGGCCGCCGUCGGACCCACCGAUAGUCUACCCGAUUACGAGAACAUUAAGGCUAAGAUAUGCGGCUAA